AUGAAGCUGGAUUAUUUAUAUUUCGUAUUUUUUGGUUAUAUUAUACAAGUGUCGGAAGAAAAUGGAGGACAUGGAAAACAUGUCCAUCUAAAAAUCCACGUUCCACAUGUAAUUCACAAGCAUAAACAUACACAUACCGUGUAUAAAAAACCUCACAAAGAAGAACCGAAAAAACAUAUUGUGAUUCAUAAACAUAUUCACCAUCAUGGUCACAAACAUGGGCAUAAACAUGGCCACAAACACAAUCAUAAAGCCAAACAUGAUCACGGGCAUAAACAUGAUCACAAACAUAAGCAUAAGCAUGAUCAUAAACAUAAACAUCAUGGAUAUAAACACAAUGAUCAUAAACAUCAUGACUUUCAUCAUGAUCAUCAUGGCUAUACAAAUAAAGAUAAUGAAUUUAAACAUUUUCAACCUAAUCCUGAUUAUAACCCGUCUGAGCUUUUAAAUGACGAUGGCUACAAAACUAGUAGAAAAUCAUUAAAAACAGAACACAUUGAAAUACAGCACAUUGAUUCUUCGGCUUCAGAUCCCAACGAUCGAGUAAAGAUAGCUGGUAGUUAUAAAGUACAAGAGAGUGAUCCGUACGAUUCAACCACUACCUCGUAUCAUACAUAUGAUUCACCCUUUACAAAGGAAAUAGCAAAACAAUUAACCAAUUUUAGAGAUGGUGAUGAAGAAAAAGAAAAGAAAGAGACGUUAGAUGAAGAUUUUGAUGCAGCAAAUAAUUAUGAAAAUUAUGAUGAUAAUGCGGAUCAUUUUGAAAAUUAUAUUCUUCGGCCAGAUUGA